AUGAAGAAGCAGCAGAGACGGAGGGCCGAUACCCAAAUGGUCACAGCCAAUAGGGACGCUCGACCCAAGAAAAGCAAGCAGAAGACUGGAGCAGAUGACACAGACCUGUUGAUUACGCAAUCCCAGAGCAACAACUCCUUAAAUGGUUGGUGAUAUGAACACUCACUGUAUAGUACUCUCACAAUGCAGUAUACUGAACCACAGAACAGCCAUACAACUGUGUUAGCUAUAUUAUCAGCCUUUCAAAUACAUGUCCUCGUAUUGACACAAUUCUUAUCAAGAAUAAAACACUGUUGAAUGGUUACAACCUAUGUCAAGAUGUGGGCGAGAACUAUUUGUUUGACAUAUUUUACCAAUAACCAUCUAGUACUGUAUGUCUGACUUGUAAUGGGCAUGUUAUACUCUUCAGCUGAAGAGGCCCAUGAUAACCCACUGGAGGAAAUUACUCUGGGAGAGCUCAGCCUAAAAACGAAUGAUGCUACAGAUGAGAUGCCCCCCGAGAAAUACAUCAUCACCAAGACUAUGGACGUGGACAUUGACAGCCAGCCACAGCCAAAACUUAGCACAGAAAAUGAAGGCCCUGCGGAAGUGAAAAAGAAGGAGAAAAAAGAGAAAUGUGUGAAAAAGGAGAAGGGGCAAGCAAAACGUGAGAUCAUUUUAACCUAUGAGAUACCACACACACACACACACACACACAGAAAACACACAGCAAAAUACACAACAUACACACGACACAUACACACAGGAUAUUGUGUGUGUGUGUGUUGUGUGUUGUGUAUUUUUGCUGUGUGUUUGCUGUGUGUGGUGUGUGUAUGUGUGUGUGUGUGUCUGUGAUUGUUUGUCAGAGGAGGCUUCCUCAAAAUGUAGUAAAGAAAAUACCAUUCUGUCUAUAAUGUUUUAGAGUUGGAACAGAAUGAGGAUGAGGGAGAGGAGAAAGAGAAGGAGAAAGAGAAGGAAAAGCGAGAGAGAAAAACAAAGAAGGACAAAGUGAAAGGACCCACCCCAAGUAAAGAGAAAAAAAACAAGACUGAUGAACAAGAGGGUAAGAGAUACAAAUGUCAUACACCAUGCUGAAUGUGUGAUGGAUAACCUCUACCACUGUAUCUGAGAAGUGCACAGACAUGGUUACAAAUGCUUGCUCGGAAGGCUGGGUUUUGAAUGCCUUGUCAUCGGUUUGUGUUUUAUAGAAGAACAAGAGUUACAGCUAAUGGCAUCUGUAUGCCUUGCCCCUUGAGACGUAACUUUGGCUCCAAUGCCACUGUUGUGCUAUGAAAGGGCAAACAGUAAAUGGCUCACGAUAGCCUGACUGCCCUAUUCAGUGGGCAUCGGGUACGGAACCGAGCCAGACAGACCCAGGUAUUCUGAUCCUCUUCAGGAGGGCAAGGUGUAUGUCUAUAAUCCAUUGAUCAAGCACGUUUGUUGUCGUCCUAUAAAACUGAUGUACUCUAGAACUAGCAGCAAUGUACUUGGACGAACAUUAAAAAGUACCCAAAGUCAUGUACUGUAUAUUUCAUUCUCCUCAUAUUCUGUAAAUGCACUAGAGAUCUAGCUGCUUUGAUCUGUUUCCUGUGACUAACUAGUAGAUAUUAUUUCCAGAAAAACAAGACAUAUUGAAAACAAAGUUGAUGUGACUGCAAAGUUAUUGGAUGCUGUAGCUACAUACUGUACACAAUAUGCAGGGUAAAACUAAAUGUUUUAUAAUACAUUUUAUUACUACAUUCAGCAUUACCAUAUUUUAUAUUUCUCUCCAUUUCCAGCAAACACCAUCACUAAGUCUCCAGCCAUUCAGAUUGAUUCAGUAGUAGAGUUUGAGACGCCAGUGGCAAAUAAACCUGAAUGGGACAGUGAUGGCGAGAGAAAGGAUUGGUCAAACAGCCCCAUCCCAGGAACACCCAAGAAAAAACAACACCUCAACACAUGUGAGUCAUACGUUUGCAAGGGAUACUGAACAUAAAUAUAAAUGCAACAUGUAAAGGUUUGGUCCCGUGUUUCAUGAGCUGAAAUAAAAGAUCCCAGAAAUGUUCCAUACGCACAAAAAGCUUAUUUCUCUCAGAUUUUGUGCACAAAUUUGUUUACAUCCCUGUUACUGAGCAUUUCUCCUUUGCCAAGAUAAUCCAUCCACCUGAGAGGUGUGGCAUAUCAAGAAGCUGAUUAAACAGCAUGAUCAUUACACAGGUGCACCUUGUGUUGUGGACAAUAAAAGGCCACUCUAAAAUGUGCAGUUUUUUCACACAACACAAUGCCACAGAUGUCUCAAGUUUUGAGGGAGCAUGCAAUUGGCAUGCUGACUGAAGGAAUGUCCACCACAGCUGUUGCCAGAAAAUGUAAUGUUAAUUUCUCUACCAUAAGCCGCCUCCAACGUAAUUUUAGAGAAUUUGGCAGUACGUCCAACCGGCCUCACAACUGCAGACCAUGUGUAACCACGCCGGCCCAGGACCUCCACAUCCAGCUUCUUCACCUGUGGGAUCGGCUAGAUCAGCCACCCAGACAGCUAUGGGUUUGCACAACAGAAGAAUUUCUGCACAAACUGUCAGAAACUGUCUCAGGGAAGCUCAUCUGCAUGCUCUUCGUCCUCACCAGGGUCUUGACCUGACUGCAGUUCGGAGUCGUAACCGACUUCAGUGGGCAAAUGCUCACCUUCCAUGGCCACUGGCAUGUAGGAGAAGUGUGCUCUUCACGGAUUAAUCCUGGUUUCAACUGUACUGGGCAGAUGGCAGACAGCGUGUAUGGCAUUGUGUGGGCGAGCAGUUUGCUGAUGUCAACAUUGUGAACAGAGUGCCCAUUGGUGGCGGUGGGGUUAUGGUCCCUCCUAUAUCUCAGUUGGUAGAGCAUGGCGCUUGCAACGCCAGGGUUGUGGGUUCGAUUCCCACGGGGGACCAGUAUGAAAAAUGUAUGCACUCACUAACUGUAAGUCGCUCUGGAUAAGAGUGUCUGCUAAAAUGUAAAUAAGCUACGAACACAAUUACAUUUUAUCGAUGGCAAUUUGAAUGCACAGAGAUACCGUGACGAGGUCCUGAGACCCAUUGUCAUGCCAUUCAUCCGCCGCCAUCACCUCAUGUUUCCGCAUGAGAAUGCACGGCCCCAUGUCUCAAGGAUCUGUACACAAUUCCUGGAUGCUGAAUAUUUCCCAGUUCUUCCAUGGCCUGCACACUCACUAGACAUGUCACCCAUUUAGCAUGUUUGGGAUGCUCUGGAUUGACGUGUACGACAGCAUGUUCCAGUUCCCGCCAAUAUCUUCGCACAGCCAUUGAAGAAUAGUGGGACAACAUUCCAUAGGCCACAAUCAACAGCCUGAUCAACUCUAUACAAAGGAGAUGUGUCGCGCUGCAUGAGGCAAAUGGUGGUCACACCAGAUACUGACUGGUCUUCUGAUCCACGCCCCUACUUUAAAAAAAAGAUAUCUGUGACCAACAGAUGCAUAUCUAUAUUCCCAGUCAUGUGAAACCAAUAGAUUAUGGACUAAUGCAUUUUUUAAAUUGACUGAUUUCCUUAUAUGAACUGUAACUCAGUAAAAUCUUUUAAAAUUGUUUCAUGUUGUGUUUAUAUUUUUGUUCAGUGUACAAUUACCGUUAUAAACUAAACUAAACUACCGGUAUACUGCAAAGAGUUUUCUUUUUGUUUACAUGAAAUAAUUAUGAAUAUGUUGUUUCCACUGCUACAGCAAGGUGCCAAAUAAGCGACAAUGAGAGGGAGGAAGAUGAAAUUCUUGAAAGAGAGAAAAAAGAGAAAACUCCAAAAAAGAGAAAAACUGCGGAGAAAACCAAAACCAAUCUCGCACCGCUUAACUCCAACUACAGGCAUCAGGACACCUCAGAUAGUGACGACGACAUUGGAAGAGUAAGAGUGUGAUAAAAACGUCACUCUUAAAGACCAGUGUUUGUCCAUUUUAGAAAUGAACCACUUUCCCUUUAACCUAGAUAUGGUAGCCAUUACCUUAUGAAUGUCUCUUUUAUCCAGACGAUUUAUAUCUGAAAAAACAUCAUUUUCCUCCUGUCUCUGUCUCUCAGGUGACAACUCCUAUCUCAGUUGAAGAUCUUGAAAAGUUUGCCCUGCAUCCAGCCCCUAGAGAUACAACAAUCCAAUGCAGAAUCACUCGGGACAGGAGGGGCGUGGAGAAAGGAAUGUACCCCACCUACUAUCUCCAUAUGGAGAAGGAGGAUGGGAAGAGGGUAAGGGUACUAAAGAAAAGGUUCAAUGGAAUGUAUGGCUGGCCAAUGUGAAUGCUCUUGUUGCAAGUCUUUCCUUGGGCUGUAUAUGAUUGGCCAGCCUUUGUGGCAGUUUGAUCAUCAGAAUGAUUACAUUUAUGUAACUGCUGUUUUAUCAUUGUACAUUCUUGAUCCCUCCCUCCAUCCUCCCUUUAUACCCCUUUUUCUCUCUACCUCUCUUAGGUGUUUUUAAUGGCAGGCAGGAAGAGGAAGAAGUGCAAAACCUCCAAUUAUCUCAUUUCCAUUGAUCCAACAGAACUUUCCAGAGACACAGACAGUUAUAUAGGCAAACUACGGUAACUAACCCCCAACCUAUCUAUGUUCAACCAUUAUUUAUUUACUUUUUUUGUGACCAACUUUUAAUUUGGUUUGGUCUUUAUUUUUUUGUUCUGCUCAGUUAGUAGAGCAUGGUGUUUGCAACGCCAGGGUUGUGGGUUCGAUUCCCAGUAUGAAAAUUAAUGUAUGCACUCACUAACUGUAAGUCGCGCUGGAUAAGAGCAUCUGCUAAAUGACUGUAAAUUAAAAAAUAUGUCUGUUUAUUUAAGGUGUCCAUCUAUCCCAUUCUUCUGUUGAACUUUACAGUACAAUGUACAUCUCAUGAUCAAUCUCUUUCAGAUCAAAUGUGCUAGGCACCAAAUUCACAGUGUUUGACGGCGGGGAUAACCCAGAUAAGAAGCCUUUCGUCAAAGAGUGUGAGUCUGUUCGGCAAGAGCUUGCGGCAAUCUGUUAUGUGAGUCAAACCUAAUUUUACAUCUUUACAAUGACUUCCUUCGUUUACUGUAGGCCUUUGCCUCCUGAUAAAAAUUAAUCCAACCAAUAACUAUGACCUUCUUCUCUUCUGUAUUUUUGUCUUUCAGGAGAAGAAUGUUCUAGGUUUCAAAGGCCCCAGGAAAAUGACGGUGGUUAUUCCUGGCAUGAUGGAGAAUGAUGAGAGAGUGUGCAUUCGCCCAAAAAGUGUAUGUUUAUAGAGACCUAAGACUCCUGAGAUUGAGACCUAAUGCUAAAUUCAUAAGAGCACUAAACCAAUAAAUAUGAUGCAGAAUAGAAUAAGAGAAUAGAAUGAGUACCUAUAUGAAUAAAGAUAUGGUACGGACAGUCUGUUUACUACUCUCUCCGUUCUCUACUGUCAUCUCUCAGGAUAUAGAGUCUCUGCUCUCCCGCUAUGAGAAUGGUAACACUGACAACCUAGUGUGCCUCAUGAACAAGUCCCCCAGCUGGAACGAACAGACACAGUCCUACGUGCUCAAUUUCCACGGCCGCGUCACACAGGCCUCCGUCAAAAACUUCCAAAUCGUCCACCCUGACAACGGUAAGAUGGGGCCAUUGUUUGCUGAGAAAUAGAGGUGCCACCUGAUUGGCUAUAAACUGUCUUAGAAUACCGUAUAUUUCUGCAUGUAGUGAAUAAAGUUAGAAGUUGCAUAGGGUAGCUAUGAUAUCAUAGCUAUGAUAGCUCAUCAUUCGCUUGUGGGAAAUAUGCUCCCACCCCCAAUGCCAACUAACCCUUUUAUAAUGUACUGCUAUCCAACCCCCCACCCCCUGCACAUUUACACUCCAUUCCAGAGGACUACAUUGUGAUGCAGUUUGGUCGGGUAGCAGAGGACGUAUUCUCCAUGGACUAUAGCUUCCCUAUGUGUCCCCUGCAGGCCUUCGCCAUCACCCUCUCCUCCUUCGAUGGCAAACUGGCU